AUGCCCGAAAAGACGCCCCCCUUACGCAGAUUGGAAUUCAAGUCUUUUCAAGACCGGAACGGUGACCGUCCAUCACAGACCCUGAUAUUUCACAACAAUGGCUCUUCAUGGUGGAUCAAAUUUACCGUAGAUUGGUCACUGCCAGAACAAGUACGGGGCCUGGGUUAUUUCAAACGCCGUUUCGUCUUUCAAGAAUUCCUUGAAGCGAUUGAUUUCGGCCAGUUGCAGCUUUUGGACGAUACUGUGACAAGCAUUACUUUAAGCUUGACCGAGCAGAGUCAAAACUCGAUCAUGAUACGGGAUGGGCACCAAAAUCCAGCAAACUCCUUCAUUGCCGUUGCCCAUCAAAUGCGCUGCAAGAUCGCAGAAGAUCCAAAGAGGGUCACAUACCCGACUCUAGCGCGGGAACGAUGUUUACCAAUAUUUGAGGCUUGUUGUUUGCAGACUGUUGAGAUUGUCGCUCCAACAGUCUCCAGAGUUAUGUUUAAGCAACACACGUUUGCUUACAAAACUAUUGACCGCCCUAUCUAUGAGCCUGAAGACACGAAACAUGUGAUGAACGAGAUUGGUGUCCUUGCAGAACUCCGCGGACUUCCGGGCAUCGCGCAGCUAGUUGGCCUAGUUGUUUCGGAGAACCCGUAUAAGACCUACCCGUCAACCAAUAUGCCAGCAGUGAUCACAGGAUUUCUUCUUGAAUACUAUUCCAGAGGGUCGCUUGAGCAAAUUUUUGAGGACGAGUUUCGGUUUGAUGCUUUGCCAAUACAAUGGGCCUUACAGAUUGGCACAGCAUUAAGAUCGUUGCACAAGAGAAGGCGAACUCAUCUUGACAUCAAGCCAUCGAAUAUCGUUUUGGAUGCCAAUGAAAAUGCCGUCCUUAUCGAUGUUAGCGGAACCGGUGGUUACGUGUGGGAAUGGCUUUCACCAGAGAUGCAGAUCCUCAUUCAACAAAACAGUGAAACAAGUCCUGCCAAUACGCCAUUUGAGGCACGGGUUGCCACGGAUUGUUGGGCUUAUGGAAGAUUACUCUCGGCUCUCGCCGAAAAGAGUGGCACCCCUGGGAUUAAUAAAAAACUGCAAUUUAUCGCUGAUGGUCUGACCAAGGCGGCUCCCGAAUCUCGCAUCUCACUAUGCGAUGCUCUCGCGCAACUGAAUGAGAAGGUGUAG